UACAAUCUUGGUCCAUCUAAAUUCAAUAUAUAGACAUUCCCUUACUAAUUAUUGCUUACUAAUUUGUCCAGACCUUGGUUCUGCUUCUACUAUAUAAACACCCCUCCCGUCGUUUGUUUUCCCCUCAAAUCAAGCGACGAGUCUUCGUGUAUAUACGAUUACAAACUUCUGUUUACAUAUGCCUCCUUUAGUUAUUCUUUUGUUUACACUUUAUUACAGGUUCAUAUAAAAAGCGUGUUGUUAACCAGCAAUUUUCACCGGGGGAAAAAGGUAUAUGAAACAGCACUACUAUGAUGCCAUGGCUCUGUGCAAAUACCAUGGAUUUCCCGAUAUUUUCAUCACUUUUACGUGCAAUCCAAAAUGGCCUGAAGUUACAAGGUAUCUGAAAAAAUAUAACCUGACCACCGAAGACAGACCAGAAAUAUUGUGUACAGUUUUCAAGAUGAAACUCGAUAAUCUUAUCGGCGAGUUGACUAAAAAGAACGGCUCCUUAUUUGGGCUUGUUGCUGCAGUAAUGUACACGAUUGAGUUUCAGAAAAGAGGAAUGCCACACGCUCAUAUUCUUGUCUUCAUGGAAAAAGGAUCAAAAUUUCCAACAGCCGAUGAUAUAGAUAAGAUUAUUUCCGCUGAAAUACCAGACAAGACAGUAGAUCCAGACCUGUAUGUAAUUGUUGGGGAUUGUAUGAUGCAUGGUCCUUGCGGUGCAGCAAAGAAGGAUAAUGUAUGUAUGGUUAACGGUAAAUGUUCUAAGAUGUUUCCGAAACCUCUCAACAUCAGGACAUCGAUUGACGCAAAUGGAUUUCCAGCUUACAUGUAUCGGAUUGAUGGUAGGUUCAUUGAGAAAAAUGGAAUAAGAUUAGACAAUGGAUUUGUAUAAAAACAAA